AUGGCCGCCGCCGCCGCCCCCGCCCGCGGGCUCGCCGCCAUCCGCCACAAAUCCCCACACGACGUCGUGCUCCUCUCCUCACUGCGCACGCCCGUCACGCGCGCCUACAAAGGCGGCUUCCGCUCGGCUUACGACCACGAGCUCCUCUCCCACGUCCUGCGCGCCACCCUGGCCGCGAACCCCAAUUUACCGCCCGAGGCCAUCGAGGAUGUGGCCGUGGGCGUCGUGCUCGCCGAGCUGGGCGGCAGCAAGGCCGCGCGCAUGGCGCAGCUGCACGCCGGCUUCAGCGAACGGACUGCCCUGCACACGGUAAACCGGGCGUGCAGUAGUGGGCUCGCGGCCGUGACGGGGAUUGCGAACAUGAUUGCCACGGGACAGAUUAGCUGUGGCGUGGGCGCGGGCAUGGAGAGCAUGACGAGGAAUUAUGGGAGUCGGGCCAUCCCGACGGAUUUGUGGGAGGGGUUGAAGGGGAGUGAGGUGCAAGAUGCGAGGGACUGUAUUAUGCCCAUGGGUUUGACGAGUGAGAAUGUGGCCAAGCGGUAUGGUGUUAGUAGGGAGGAUCAGGAUGCGUUCGCGGCAGAGAGUCACAAGAGGGCGAGUCGCGCUCAGAAAACGGGGUUGUUCGAUGGUGAGAUCGUGCCCGUGAAAGUACUGCAGAGUGAUUUGGAAGCGCCGGACAAGCCGAGUGUGGAGGUGGAGGUGAGCCAGGAUGAUGGAAUCAGGCAUGACAUUAGCGUGGAGAAGAUGGCGAAGCUGAAGCCCGCGUUUGCGAAGGAUGGCACCAGUACGGCGGGGAACAGCAGUCAAGUCAGUGACGGCGCGGCCGCGACGCUGUUGAUCCGAAGGAGCACGGCGAACGAGCUGGGCUUGAGCGGCAGCAUCAUCGGCAAAUGGGUGGCUACUCAGACGGUGGGCUGCAAGCCCGAUGAGAUGGGCGUGGGGCCUGCCAUCGCCAUCCCGAAGCUGCUGGACUUCACCGGCACCAAGACCGACGAUGUCAAGGUGUGGGAAAUCAACGAGGCCUUUGCGAGUCAGGCACUGUACUGCAUACGGAAACUCGGCCUGGACAACCGAAUGGAGGACGUGAACCCGCGGGGCGGUGGCAUUGCGCUCGGUCAUCCCCUGGGCAUGACGGGCACGAGACAGCUGGCGACGUUGAUGCCGCAGCUGCAGGAAGGCGAGGUCGGUGUCGUGAGCAUGUGUAUUGGCACGGGCAUGGGCAUGGCCGGUAUGUUUGUUCGCGAGUGA